GUCAAUAAACUGUUCCAUGUACUUGGAAUCAUGGGUAAUAAAAUAAUUUAAAUAUGGCAACCAAGACGUUCGGGGAGACAGAAUGAAAUAAUGGCUCAAGAAUGGAAGUUUGUAGUCAUUUAAAUAAACUGCAUUUAGGAACUAACACUACUAUUCUAAAUCCUGAAAAAUGGCUUUGUUUUAUUUGUGGUACUACAGAGAGUGUCUGGGCAUGUUUGAGUUGCAGUAAUGUAGCAUGUGGUCGUUUAAACAAUGAACAUGCUCUGAAUCAUUUCGAUGAUAAAAAGCAUCCAUUAGCUAUAGAAGUGAACAACAGAUAUGUUUAUUGUUAUGAAUGUGAUGAGUAUAUAUAUGGAGAUAAUAAAUCAGGAGAUCUUGCUUUACUUAGAGAUGCAUUGAGUGCAAUAACUACACAAAGUUUUGAACAAGUAGAAUCAAGAGGUCAAAGGUUACUACGAUCUUAUUCAAACACAGAAAUCACUUCAAGGUGUCAUGCAGAUGAAAAUGAUCGUAUAGCUACAGCUGUUUGUCAUUUUGGACGAGUCAUACUGUGUAAAGUAUUUAGUGCCUGGCAUUUUUAUGUUAAACAACAGAAAAUUGCUCAGGAACAAAGUUCAACACCUAAAAAGAGAAAAUUAGAUAUUCCACCCACACCUCCAUCUGUUAGGAAACGAACCCUGAUACCUGGAGUAACAGGUCUACGUAACCUAGGAAACACAUGUUACAUGAAUUCUAUACUGCAGUGUUUAGGACAUUUAGAUGAAUUUCGAGACUUCAUUUUGGAUUUAGAUUUUAGUAAUGUGUGGAGUCCAGUAGGUACACCGUCUGCUAGAAAAGAAAAAAUGCCUUAUAAACCAUCAACACGAACUAAUCAUAGACUUAAUACUUCAGAUUACUUUCAGCAUUUAAGUAAACCAGUAAAUAGUCCAUGUGAAAGUAGGAAUAAAGGUGGAUUGAUUGGAGGAGGAGGUUUUCCUUCAUCUAGUGUUCAGCUACAUUCUUCUUUUCAUCUUAAUAACAUGUCUUUGUGGCAAGAAAUACACGGUUUACUGCGUGUUUUGUGGUCUGGUAAAUGGGCGCAGGUUAGUCCUCAUGCUUUCCUACAUACAGUGUGGAAUCGUAUACCUGUCUUUAAAGGUCAUUCUCAACAUGAUGCUCAGGAAUUUCUCUGUGAAUUAUUAGAUAAAUUAGAAGAAGAAGUACCAUUAUUACCAGAGUAUAGUCAUCAUUCAAAUAUAUUAGCCGACACAUUCCAAGGACAGCUUAUCAGUCAGGUCACAUGUUUGAAAUGUGAUAACCAAUCUUCUACUCAUGAACCAUAUCUAGAUCUGUCUCUGGAAUUCCCUGAUCGUUAUCAAAUAACAUCCUCCAAUACAAAUGUCUCAAAUGCUUCUUGUCACGUAACAGAAAUGUUGACCAAAUUUACAGAAAUAGAAAUGCUGGAAGGUCCUAUUUACGCCUGUGAAUAUUGCAACAAGAAGCUAGUUGAAGCAGGUGAUAACAAACCGUCCAUAUUAUCUGAAGCCUGUAAACAAUUAUUGUUAAACAAACUACCUCCUGUACUCAGAUUACAUUUAAAACGAUUCCGGUGGUCAGGUCGAUAUCAUCGUGAAAAAAUCAGUACUCAUGUAAGUUUUGAUGAGGACUUAGAUAUGUCCCCAUAUUGUUCUGACUCUGUGAGUUGGACAUCUUGUACAUAUAGAUUAUCUGGUGUUGUAGUACAUCAUGGAUGGGGUUUCGGUUCCGGUCAUUAUACAGCAUAUUGCUGGAGUAGUGAGGCCGAAUCCUGGUUAAAUUGUAAUGACUCAAAAGUGGAGUUUUGUUCAUUAGGUGAUGUUCAGAAGUCUCAAGCUUAUAUUCUUUUCUACACACAAGUUACAACAGAUAUAUCUAAUGACAGUUUAGCCACACCCUUAAAUUCAUUUGAAACUGUGCCCUGUUCAGAGAGUGAAUCAUUCAGUGAAAAUUCUUUAAUGGUUGAUGAGGAAAUAACUUUCAAUUUCAAAAACUCAGACUCAUUUCAAGGAGAGAAUUCUAGUUCUCAAAAUAAUACUCCUACACGAUUAAAAAUGAAACGAAGGCGAACAACAUUUUAGUGAAAUGUUGAGACAGCUUUUAAAAGGUUUGUGUGCUUAUGCUGAAUCUAAGUGAAACAAUUGCGCAUGUGUCAAAUAUGAACGCAAUUUAUGGUGUAAAUUGUUCUUUUCGUCUGACAUGUUUUCAAACUAUGCAGUUUUCUUUUUGUUGCUUGAUUCAACAGUAUACUUUUAUUUCCACACUGAUAUACAUUAUUUAACCAUGAGCAUUCUUUCCGUUAAAAUCUCCCCUCACUUUACUCAGAUAGUGGCAAAGCAUGUAAUACAUAUACCAAGGUUGUGGACCCUCUGGAGGCCACAAUUUUUGUCCAAAUCAGAUGAAACUUAACAUAUAUCAUAUUUUAAACAUACAUUAUGCAAGAGCUAAAUCUGCCUAUUGCAGGUAUUUCUUUAGGCAUUACUUAACUUAUCCAUACCAUAAUAAACUCUCGAUGCCAAGGCUAGCCUUCGAUGUUGGCUGGAUUAGAUUCCUAUAUGCCGCUUAACGGCCAUUGAUAAUUAAAUCAAAACAGUGGAUAAUCGAGACUAUGUGUUUAUAUUAAUUAUUUUAGUAAUGAUGGCCGAGACUAUGCGAAAAUUUCACCCGCUUCGUUCUCGGUUCAUAGUGGAUCAAUUUGACUGAAAUUUUCAGCAAAUUCCCUUUACAUUAUCUAGUUUUUUAACUAUUAUAGUGUGAACUGCAAACUCGUUAUCUAAUCUCCCAUAAUGUAUCUUUAAAGAUCUUGGAAGAGUUUGCUUUUUGUGCACAUCAGACCGCAAUUUCAUGGGUUAUGACCUACCUUUUUUACACAAGUGUGAAAUAUGUACAAAGUUUGUGGUCCCUCUUAGAACCCACAAUUUUUAUCCGAUUUAGAUGACACUUAAAAUAUAUGAAAAUGUAUGUCAAAGAUAAAAAGUUAACUUUUGUUACUCAUCAGACCUUCUGUUCUGGAGUUAGCUCCCUUUUCUGAAAACCUUAUGAAGGCGAUAGAGGCCUUUGUUUUUAACAGAUUUUUUUUUCUGAUUGUUCAUAUUUUCCAUCAUCUCUUGCAAAAUGUGGGCUUAUCUUGCAUGUUAAACCACUUGUUUAGUUAUUUGAUAAAGCAUCUCAGUCUAGACAGUUGUCUUCAUUCUUUGCAUGAUCAAUUUAUUAAACUGUUAGCCUUGGAUAUUAUAAGAGAAAGAAAGAUUAUAAGAAACAACUAAAUACAAAAUGCGACAGGCUAAAAAUGCAAUAUUAGAAAAACUUGAUGAUCUUGAUAGCAAUAACCCGCGUGAAUACUGGAAACUUGUCAAUUCCCUUCUUAAAGACAAACCAGAUGGGGUGAUAACAUAACCAUUAACGUGUGGGAAAAUCAUUUUACCACACUUUUUGAAAAAAAACAUGAUCAGUCCAAACUCUCUGAAAUAUUUGAAAAAAUUGAACAACUUAAACAAGAGCCUAUUAAUACCAACCUGAAUGAGCCUAUCUCUGCAAAUGAACUUCGAAAAGCUGUAAAAAAAACUAAAAACAAAAAAAUAGAAUGGGCCUGAUUUGAUUCUCAAUGAAAUGUUAAUAUCUUCCUCCGAAAUUAUGAUUGAUCAGUUCCUAAAAUUGUUCAAUAUGAUUUUAACGACGGGUUGCUAUCCAGCGUCCUGGAUGGAAUCAUAUAUUGUUCCACUACACAAAAAGGGCAGUAAGGAUGAUUUAAAUAACUAUCGUGGCAUUUCCCUGUCCAGUUGCUUCAGCGAGUGUUUUCUGUCUAUUAUCAAUAAUCGAAUAACAAAUUACCUUGAAGACAACAAUUUACUUGACCCGGCACAGGGCGGGUUCCGUAAAAAUCAUCGGACAGUUGAUAAUAUUUUCAUACUCAAAACGAUUAUCAACAAAUUUAAGUGUAAGAAACAGAAUUUGUUCAUGGCCUUUGUGGACUUUAAAAAAGCCUUUGACUCUGUAUGCAGAACAGGCCUCUUUUAUAAAUUACUAAAAAAUAACAUCAACGGACCGAUAUUUGAUUUAAUUACAUCCAUGUACUCAAAUACUUCAUAUACUGCGAAAACUUCCAUGGGAAUCUCCAAUACAAUAAACUCUUUCAUGGGUGUGAAACAGGGAUGUGUGUUAAGCCCUGUACUAUUUAAUAUCUAUAUUAACGAUUUACAGUUUUAUAUUAAUAAUGCGAACACAAAUCCUCCCUCACUAGAAUCUAAUAAUGUCUCCCACCUGCUGGUUGCUCUCCACUACUGAAACUGGGUUACAAACUAGUCUUGACCAACUUAAUAAAUUUUACGGUGAUUGGCAGAUUGACCGUAACCCAACAAAAUCAAAAAUCAUGAUAAUCAAAAAUAAUCAAAGAAAAAUAAAGAACAUAUUUCAUUUUGGCAAUAUUAAUCUUGAAAUAGUUAAAUCAUACGUUUAUCAAGGGGUGUGCCUUUCCAAUAACUCUACGUUCAAGUCUGCAAUCACCGAACUUAAUAGUAAAGCUAGACGUGCAUGGUUUUAUUUGUGCAAUAAAAUUGGUACUACCGAUUUUCUUCCUACCGAUGUUCUGAUCAAAUUAUACCAAUCCGUUGUCAAGCAGAUAGCUAUAUAUGCAUCCGAUAUCUGGGGAUCUAGUUUGGUACACAGCAAAAUUUUUGAAAUUAGUAAAUGGGACCAAAUUAAUCAUCAUAAACUAACUAUUAAAAUCUGCAAAUCAAUACUAGCACAACCAUCAAAAACAUCCAACAUUGGCUGUCUAGCAGAAUUGGGUAUUUUCCCAGCUAACCUUGACAUAUUUCAAAGAAUGAUCUCCUAUAAACGUCUUACUAAUUCUAGUAUAGACAGUUUUCCUAAAAGUGUUCUUUUACAUUCUGCCUUCAUUACCGAUAGCAACCUCAUUGCAAACAAUAACAUUAAAUAUUCUUGGACAGCAUCCAUAGCAAAAUUAUAUGAAUAUUAUGAUCUCCCUCAUAACCCCUCUCCCUCAGCAACUAAACUAAAACUUCAAACUAAAUUCAACCAUCAUUUUGCAGAACUAACUAAAUCAGGAACCAAACUGAGAACGUAUGGUCUGUAUAAAAACUUAAUAAAUCACCCCGCUCGUUACCUCCUGCAGGUUAAAAAUAAAAACUUUAAAUCCGCCUUACUUAGCUCACACAAACUGGAAAUAGAGAGAGGGCGAUACAAGAAUAUUCCACCAGACCAAAGGUUAUGCACCCAAUGUUCUCUUUCCAGUGUCCCAGAUAUGAAAACUUGCGCUUAAAAUAUAUCUACCCUACUUUAAUACAAUCUUGUCAAUUAACCUUUGAGCUUCUUUUUAAUCCGCCAGAUUUUCUUGCUAAAGAAGCAGUAGCAAUGUAUACAUAUCAUACUUUCAUUGUUAUAUUUUCAUUAUAUCAUCUCAAUGGUACAUGCAUUUUCAUUUCAUUAUAUCAUGUUAUUCCAAUAUAUUGUUCCAUGUAAAAUAUAUUUUUGUAUACCUGAUAUUGAUGUAUGCGUAUGUUUUGUAUAAUGUUCUUAAUGGACGUAAUAUGCAAAUAAAAAAAAGUUGAAAAUUCAAA